CCCAGGUAAUCAUUUGUACCUAUUAGAACCAAGUGGAUUGGAUAUUAAAUAAGUACUUAGUAUACUUUUGUAUUUGAAUAUUUACAGCAUUUUGUAUUUUUUUUAGAUUGUGGUCUAAAAGUGUUUAGAAUUAAAAACUGGAUAAAAAUGAGUAACGUGGCUCCCGGAGCAUCUCAGCCAAAUGGACCAGCCCCAAGAACAAAAAUUUCAGUUAAAGAAAGGCUCUCUAGUAAGAGCAACGUUAGCAAAAGCAUUAUUUGUUUAACUAUUUUCGCUCUUAUCAUGGUGGUUAUUGCCCUAAUUAUUUACUUCACGGUGCGGGGACCUAGACCAAAUUCUACAGAAGAGGAAAAGAAAACGGACCAAUACUCUCAGACAGGUCCUAAGCCGUGGCUGGUCCAAACUAGUGAUUGGAAGGGACUGUCCGUAAAGCACGUACUGCUAAAACGGAACUACCCCCUGAAGCUUGUGAUCAUCAACCAUUCUGUAAUAGGUGGAUGUACGAACAAAGACUCUUGUAGCGAGGAAUUAAGGAAAAUGCAACUUCAUGUGCAAAAAGAUCUCGGUUGGAUUGAUAUACCCUACAACUUCGCGAUCGGUCGAGAAGGCCACGUGUACGAGGCUCGCGGCUGGGGCUCCGAGGGGGCUCACACUCUCCACUAUAACAACUGCUCCGUGGGAAUCGGCUUCUUCGGUAACUAUAACGUCAUACGGCCAACUAGAGGGCAAAUCAUGAAUUUAAACAAAUUGCUUGACGAUGGCGUUCGACAGGGGUACUUGGAUAGAAAUUACGUCAUAGUAGGUCACAAGGAUAUCUGGCCGGGCAGCGAGAGUCCCGGGAAUCGUCUGUACGCCGAACUCAAGAAGUUACCAAAAUACAACGCUGAACGCUAUCGUAACAUGAAUUGUACCCAAAUUAUGGAAGAUUUUAGUAAGUAAAAUUUUAAUUUAAAAGUAA